AUGAAAAAAUACUUCGUUUUUGAAAAUACGCAGCAUUCGUAUAUCAUAAAUAGUAUAAAAAAUGGAGAUGAAUCAGAAAAGUUAGCAGCCCUGAACGAUUUUUAUGAGCACUUGAACUUGUCAGUAGAUGGUGGAAUAAGCAAUUCCCAUUUGGAGGAAUAUAUCAACGUACUAAUUCAUGUGAUUAAUAAUCCACACCUGAGUUACAGCAGUACAUGUGGAAGAAAGGAUAAUGGUAACACUGCUGUUAGCAGAAAAAAUGUAAAUAAAAAGACGUCAAAGGGUUUGGAUAAUAGCAAGAAAAUUGGUUCGGAGAAAAUUAAGAACAGUGUAGACAGUGGCCUGAACAACUUUUUCAAGAUAAUACAGGAACGUAUAGGGGUAUAUACGUCAGAUUUUGAUGAAGAGGGUGAUGAAUUCGAUGAUGAGUAUUAUGACGAGAUGGACGAAGAUGAAGUUGAUGAUGAGGUAGACGAUGACGAAGAAGAUGAGGUGGAGGACAAUACCAAGGAUGAUGAGAUGGAGGACAAUGCCGAGGAUGAUGAAGUGGAGGACAAUGUCAAGGAUGAUGAGAUGGAGGAAAAUGCCGAGGAUGAUGAUGUGGAGGACGUCAGGGAUGAUAAGGUGGAGGAUAAUGCCAAGGAUGAGGUAGAUCAUGAUGAGGAGAAUGACAGUGAAUUUGUUCCAAACGAUGGUAAAGAAAAAAGAAAAAAUAAGAAGAAAAAGAAAAAUAUGGGAAAAGGAGGUGGCACCAAAAAUAUAAAUAAGCGGUGUAACAAAAAUGGAAAUGAACAUGCAAAAGAGGGUUCGAAGAAAUAUUCUAAUAAUUCCAAUAACUCCAAUAAACGUGACAAUCAGGAGAAAGAAAAAAUCGCGAAGAAGGCAACUCAUGUUGGUAAGGCAAAAGGGAGAGAAACAAAAAAGAAAUUUUCAAUGGAUGGAAUAAAAAAAGAAAUUAUAAUAAACUCCGAAGAUGAAAGUAUCAACCUCUUUUCCUACUCAUAUAAUUCGAGUGAUCCAUCCAGUAUAACAAGUGAAUCAAGUGUCGAAGAAGAUAAUGAAAAAAUAUUUUUUAACGAUGCAUGUGCAAUAGAUGUAAAAUUCAUAAACAUAAUUUACACGGCAACGUGUUGUAUAUACACAAUUUUGGAUAUUUAUCCACAUUCCAUAAAAUAUGUGAUUAAUAAUAAAGAUGGAGUAAAUAUAUUAAAUAAAAAAUUAAAUGACAUCGAAUACAUAGAUGUGGCAGAAGUAAUAUUAAAAAUUUUUGAAAAAUUAGUGGAAAAAGAUCCUAUGCUUAUAUUAAAAAAAAAAAGCAUUAAGUACAUGUUAAUGCAUAUAGAUUUUUACAAUAUUAAUAUUCAAAAAAAAAUUUUCUUUUGCAUUAUCCAAAUGAUUAAUAAUAUAAAGAAAUAUAAGCACUUAACCAAAUAUAUAACUCCUUAUUGUAAUAUAUUUACCAACUUUUUCCAUUUUCAUUAUAUUAAUAUAUUAAAUAUUAUAUGUACAUUAUGGAGAUCUCUACUUGACAAAAUGAUUAGCAUCCGAUUGGAAGAAGAAAAUAAGUUGAAAAGAAAUGUUAGACGUUCAAUAAAUGAUGCAUAUGUAGGAGGAAAAGAAGUGGCAUAUAUGACAAUGUACAAAAAGAAUUUGAAAGAACCAUCUUACUUAAGUAAGUUGAUGGAAAAAAAGGACAUAAGGAAGAAAAAGAAAAAUGAAAAAAGUGGCAGUGCUGUAGAUAGUAAAAAACAAGAAGAAGGCUUGAAAGGAAAGGAACCUAUUUUCAUCGCAUUUGUAAAAAACGGAAGAUUGAAGAAAGGUUCUGAUGCAAAAGAUGAAGCAGACGAUGGCCUAAGUAAAGAGGACGUAAUCGAAAUAUCGAAUGAAGAAUUAUCGAGGAGUUGUAACAAGAAGAAAAGUAAUGAUAUUGGGAAUGAUGCAAAUUUUGAUCAUGGAGUAGAUGGAAUGUUAAAUAAAAAAUUGAAGAAAAAGAGGGAAAAUUUGAAUAAUAAAAAGAGUAAGAAGAAAUCGAAAAGUUGCACCAAAGAAGAACUGUUGGAAGUUGUGGAAAUUCCUGAUGUAGAGGAAGUUCAUGUGAUGAAAGAAGAAGGAGAGAAGAAAAAGGAAAUUCAAAAAGGUGAUAGAGAAAAUAUAAACAAUUCAAACGAAGAUGCGUACAUUACAUGCUGUAGCAACGACAAAAUUGGAAGAGGAAUUAAUAAAACAGGUAUUGAAUCAAAGGAUAGUAAUAUUUGUAAUAGUGAAAAAACAACACAUGUCAUAAAAAGGGAUCAACUAAAGGAUGAAGAUGUGUAUGUUUUAAACGAAAACUUAUCCAACAAGAGCAAUUGCAAAAAUAGCAAAUCGAAUGAAAAUAUGAAUUUUCUUAGCUCCUUUUUAAGGGAUUCUCUUUAUAGCAUGAAUAGUAGCGAUUCAAAAAAAAACACUGAAACAGUUAAUGUGCACGGUACCAAGGAUGAAUUCCAAUCAGAACGCACGUCCGAAAUGAAACCGAAUUAUACAUAUCAUCCAAAUAAGCUUUUGCAAAAUAUGAUUCAACUGAACAGUAAUGAAAGCACAUAUUUUAAGUUGUGUGCAGAAAUAGAAAGUAUAUACAACAUUAACAUUCGUAAUAAUAUAAUAAAAUUAUUAAUCGAAUGCCAAGUUGAGGAUAAUUUGUAUGCAUUUAUGGAAACAUUUUAUAUCGUAUCCAUUUUGGUGCAUUACAGCAAUAAUACACUUGAAAACUUUUGCAAUAGUGAUUUUUUAAUUAAAUUAAAUGAGUUCAUUCAGAAUAAAAAAUAUCAGAAUAAUAACUUUUUAAUAUUAUAUAUUUUGUUCACUCUUUAUGCCUUUUUACCCAUGUGCACAUUUGAUGGAAUCCUAAUACACGAUUAUGAUGUAGGGAAGAAUAUAAAUGAUAAAAUUUUCAUCGAACAGGUGAAGUCACAAAAGGGGGAUGAUUGUGCCCAAGUGGAAGGAGAUACAGAAAGAUAUUUAACAUCUGACUUGUGUAUGAACGAUUAUGUAAUGUAUAAAUUUCCAGUAGAUGUUAAGAAGCACAAGUUGGAAUUUUACAAAAAUAAUUUUCAAUAUUUGACAAUAUUAAUAAAAAUAAUAAUACCUAGUGUGUACACUAUAUAUAAUGAAACCGUAUAUUACGAUAUUAAAUAUUUAUGUAUAGUCAUUACUUUAUCUAUUUUUAUUUCGUUGUAUAAAAUAUUUUGGACGCUUUAUAAAAAUACAGAAUAUAUCAGUUGUGUUGAGUAUAUUUUUUCGUAUUACAAAGAAACAUGCUCUUUUAUUAGAAGCAUCAUUUUGAGUAAUGUAUCAGACUCAUCAGUUAUUAGCGGAAUUAUCAUAUGCAAAAUAGUUGAUCAUUUUACGAGGUUUAUGUGGAGUCAUCAUAAUAUUCACACUUUUGUGAAGAAUGAGGAAGGAACAAGGGAAAAUGCAUUUGGAUUGAAUAAAAAUAGUUACUUGGUUCAGGAUGGUGUUAAGUCCAAUUUUUCUGUUUCUCUUUCAGGGUGUAUGGAUAAUAAUGUUUUGAACAUGUCAAAUCAGAAUUUAGUAUCCCGUCUACAUGUCUUAAUUAACAUUAUUAAUAAAAUUUUAUUAAAGAAAAAGAAAGAAAUAGACACUAACUCGAGGAGUAACUACGCAUGUCCCAGUAAAGGAAUAUAUAAUAUUAUGUUUAAUUAUUUUUAUGACAUGUACAGUAAUAGCACAGAUAGAAAUAAUGCUGUUGAAAUGAGUGCAUGCGGAAAGAAAAAUUUACUAUUUUUUAAUUGGGAAAGAGAAAUGAAAAAUAUUUCCCUAGAAUUUGAAAUGUUAUUUUUAAAUUAUGAAAAUUUAAAAAUUUAUAAAGAGAAGAAUAAGAAGAAUAGUGGUGAUAGAGGAGGAGAACCCAUAAUUAUAAGCAAUCUAAUUAUUGAAGAACGGGCUUGUUACAAUAACAUUGUUUUAAGUUAUUAUUAUUUAAUUAAUUUAUUUUUUCAUAUAUCCAUUAUGGGAGAAGAUGCUUCGAUAUAUUUCUAUCAAUAUAAUAUAGCGAAACGAUUGUAUUUUUUUUUAUUUCAGAAAUUAUUUUAUUAUGAUGAAAAGAAAAAAAUAGAGAAGAAAAAGAAAAGAAUGGAUGAUAUUGGAACCAAUGAUGCAUUACCAUUUUUUGAAAAAAAUAGGAAAAAGUUUUUAAAUUUGUUAAAGACUAUCGAUAGGAAUAUUAGGCUGUAUAUUUUUUUAUAUGCCUUACUCUUUGCUAAGCAGGAGAAAAAAGAAUUGGUAUAUGGGAUAUUUUUUAAUAGUGUAAGAACAUUGUACAAUAUGUUUUACGAAAUAGGAGGAGGAAACACAGACAUUGUUAAGAUUGACGAGAAUCAGUUGGAGAAAAUGAAAUUAGUAGUAACAGAUAUAUUCGAUUCUUUUCAUCACUAUUUAAUUAUGAAUAACCUGUCCUUUUCAAACUGUUCUUUACUUAUUAAAUUAACAAAGGAAUGUUUAAAUAUGUAUGAUAAUUUACCAAUUUAUUUUUUCAAAGAAAAUAAUAAUACUAUGAAAAAAUGUGAAACAGAGAUGCUAAACCUUAAGGAACCCGAUUUUUUUGAUGACAAAGGAAGUAUUAACAUCGAUACAUGGACAAAACAUUAUGAAGAUUUCCCCUCGUUAAAAAGUGAUAACAUGAAUUCCCUUUUUACGCCCAAGUAUAGGAGAAGUAAUAAUGAAACUCUUAUAAAAUGCAUAAAAGAAAGAAGAAAAAAGGGAAAAGAAGACGAUUUCGUUAGUAAUAACAAAAAGUGUACUAUAGAAUUUGCUGACCAGAAGAAGAAAAAAAAAAAAGACCCUUCAACAUGCAUGGAAGAAGGAGCAGAAGUUGAUCCAGUUCUUGUAGAAGGGAUUAUAGCAGCUGAUAUGAGUGGUGAAAUGGAAAAGGAUGAUAAAAAGAAUAAUGGAGAAAAAAACAUUGAGGAUGAAGAUGCCAACUUUGAUCUGAGUUCAGGAAAAAUGAAGAUAAUAAAGAACAUCCAAAGGGAGUUGCAUGUGAAGGAAAAGGUUGAAACGAAAGAAGGUGAUUCGGAAAAAGCUGACGCAGAAGCAGAAGAGGAGAAGAAAACAUGCCCAAUCACUAAAGUCAUAAAAGAACUUAGCAAAGAUGUAGAAAUAAUAAAGGAAAAGGGCAUAGAAAAAAAGAAGGAAAAGGAUAUGGGGGUGAAGGAUGAUGAAGCAGAUGAUAAUAACGGAGCGGGGAUAGUUGAAAAGUGCACAUUAAAUUAUAAAGUUAAUAAAGAAAAAAAGAAAAAAAACAAUAAAUUAAACGAUAACAAAAAGGGUUAUAAUAGUAUAUUUGAUUAUUUCUCUGGAAAUAAUUACAAUAGCUUCGAUUACAUACCAAAGGAUUCAUUUUAUGAUAAUUUAUUUAAUAAUAAUAACUCCACAUUUGGUAAGAGGAAAAGCAGAAAUAUGUAUAACAAUUACAACUGUCACUUCCCUCUGCAUUUAAGGAGAAACGGACUCUAUGUGGAUAAUGUAUCAAUUUUCAGUUCUCUGAACAAGGGUAUCCCCAUUUCAAUGUACAUGCAGAAGGUUAAAGUUGAAGAAGCUGAGUGUAAGAACUCGAAUGAAUCAAAUGGUUUAUACGAAUUAAAUUCGAUUGAGGGAAAAACAAAAACAUAUCAUGGUACUAUCAAAGAUGAGAAAUUGCAUUCUAAGAGAGAUAGCAGAACAGAGGAGUUCACAAGUGAUAUAGCUAAAGGAGUCAUGACAAACGUUGGAGGAAAUAACAAGUUGCAGAAAAUUCCGAAAGGUUUGUUAUCUAACAGAAACUUGUGCACAAAGGAUAUAACACAUAGAUUAUUGUAUUUGGGAAGAGGGUAUCAUGAGAAACCAAAAAAUUUACAUGGUACAUUUAACAUAUUCGAAUCGUUUAAUAAAAUAGAACAUUACAUAAGAAAAAAUUUAAACAGAAGUAAUAAAAAUUUGUAUUCUAAAUAUUAUUCGAAGGACGAUGAUUUGGUUAUUCUAUCAGUUAAUGGUGUUGAUGUACAUAGCGAUUCGUGCAUUUCAGAAUAUCUAAUAAAAUUAAAUGAUCUGUAUUAUAUGAAUAAAAAUAUAGCUUGUGUCAAUGAAGAAAGUAUAUUUUGUAAUUCGGAAAACUUUUAUGUGUAUAAUGAUGUCGUCGAAUUGUUACCAAUGAAUUAUGGCAACAUGAAAAGUCAGAUAAAUUACCUUUGGAAUAAUCAUCUAAGUGGCACUUCUUCUACAACUGGUAGUUAUGAUAUUGAAAGUGGUAUCAGCAGCAUUGGCAAUUAUGGCAGUAUUGGAAAUUAUGGAAAUAUAGGCAAUCGUGGAGGUAUUAGCAAUAGAUCCCAUAACCUAAAUUUUAGAGUCAUUAAAAAGAGAAAACAAAGUGAUGGACAUAUAAAUUUAGAACCCGAUGAUUUAAGCAGUAAAAACAGUAUACAGAUUGUGUCGAAGAAAAAAAAAACAAAUAAUAGUUUAACAGAACUUAGUGAGGAAACAAAAAGAAAAUUAUGGGAAAGGAGAGAAAAUGAAUGUGAUAUGUACAGUUAUGUAGAUUCUGUUACGUAUAGAAAAAUUAAAUCUAGUAUUGAAACUCCAUUCUAUUGCAAAAUUAUUAGUGAUAAAUUUAAUUUUUAUAACAUAUCAUUCGACUUAGUUAAAAAUCUGUACAAUUCGGAGUACCUGCUAAAUGAUAGUAGAAAUAUGAAGAACAAGUCAGAAGAGGAUGAAAAAAAAAACAAUUUUCUCAUGAUGAAAGGCAAUUCAAAUGACGAUUUGGAGAGAAAAGAAAAAGUGAGUUACGAAAUGAAGGAGGAGAAAAUUUUCCAAGAGAAGAGGAAGCAAAAUACGGACGGAAAUAAUGAUCUAAAGUAUGUGGAUCUUACAGAUGGGAAAUAUUUUGAAGAUGUCUACGAUACAAACUUGAUGAAGUCUUACGAGAAGUACUAUUUAGAAGGAGAAGAGAGACCUUCUUUCUUGUUAGAUUAUAUAAAUGAUAAUUAUAAAAAGAAAGAAUUGAAUUUUUUCCUGUCCCAAAAAAAUUGUGUACAGAGUGAUUCAAUGUAUUUGUCAUCCUUUUUGAAAACCGAAAUGCAGAAGGUAGCAGAAUUGUUUUUUCUGGAAGAUCAUUACAUUAAUAAGGACAUUAUGUUGAGUACUCAUUUGCACAACAUUAACUUUCUGGUGCAUAAAAGCAAUUCUGAAUGUAAGGAUACCUGCGGAAACGGAAGUAAUAUUAGUAAUGGUUAUAGCAGCCCAGUAGACAAAAUUCGAAUGAACAGAGAGAGGGAAAGAUUCUUAUAUUUGAAAUAUCGAAAAGGUUAUGCCACUGGUCUAUCGUCACACUAUGAUGCAACGAAGGUUGAUGAGUUUGAGGGGCAUAACUUUAAUAAAAAUGUCAAUCUCGAAAAUGAGGAGGAAGAACAUUUGUUAUUUAAUUACAUGCCAAUGUAUUGUGAUAUUAUAAAAAGAGCAGAUACUGUAUCGCUUUCGAGAGAGCAUGCAGUGAAGGAGAAAGGAGAAGAAGAAAAGUUCCCAACGCAUGAAGCUGCAACGCAGGAAGAAACAGCUCAUGAAACCGGAACACAUGAAACUGCAACACAUGAAAUUGCAGCACAUGAUCGAUUUUCCCACAAAAUGAGAAAAUUCCCGGACGAAGGUACAAAUGGAGGGGCCCAACAAAUACAAAAUGAAGAUAAAGAUAUAUUCAUAGAGAAUAUAUACAAUUUUAUGUUCUUCAAAUUUUUAUAUCUGCUAUAUAAGCAUUUUAAAACAUGUGAUAUUCCGUCAUUACUAAUGUUUUAUAUGAAUAACAAGGUAGGAGAAAAUUUAAUGUACAUGAAAUUGGAUGAAGAUGCUGGGGGUAACAGCAUGUUAAAUGAAGAAACAAAAAUAGAAAUGGAAAGGGUAAUGAAAAACGGGGAGAAAAUGAAGUUAUUGAAGAACGAAAAGGAUGAAUCAUUUGAAGAUGAUAAUGCGAGUAUCAAGUUUGGAACUCAGGAUAUGGCAGGAAUAGAAGAUAUAAAUAAAAAUUGUUUUAUACUGAAUAGUAUUAACAAUAAGGUGAUGUACUACUUGAAUAAUCCCUUAUUUAUAUUUAGCGAAAAGAUACCAUCAUGGGUAUAUAAAAUUUUUUAUCUAUUUAAUUUCGUUGUGGAUAUUGACAUAAGGCUAUUAUUUUUUGAAAUUACAUACUUUGGGAACUAUAGAGGUUUAUAUAAUUAUAAACAGAAAAUAAAAGAAAUUGUAGAAAAGUUUAAUGAAAAGAUAAACGUUGGCAAUAAAUCGCUAACGGAAGAACAUUUAUUAUCCGUUUGUGCAAAUUACACAUACAAUUGUGACAAGAAAAAAUUAUUUAAUUUUUUGUCAGAUAAUGCUACUUUGAACUUACCAAGGACAAAGAUUAAAUUACAUCGAAAUAAAAUGAUUGACUCAUCCUUUCGUAUUUUUAACCAUUUGCAUUUUAUCAACUCAUAUUAUAUUACACCAUCCUAUUUAGAUAUAGAAUUUUUUAAUGAGGAAGGUACAGGUUUGGGUCCAUCUUUGGAAUUUUACAAUGAAGUUAUAGAAGAGUUAAAGAAAGAAAAGUUGAAAUUGUUCAAAUUAGAAGAUAAUUUUCUUUUCCCACUUUCUUACAAAAUUGACCUCAACAACUUCGAUUUCAACUUGUUAAAGAAACCCAAGGGUUCAGAACUCAUGGGUAUGGGUAGUGGUGCCAACAGUAAUAUCAAUAUGACCGGCAGCAACAACAUUAGCAGUAAUAUUAAUGGAAACAAUGGAUUAAGCUAUAACACUAAUUAUUAUUCAUAUGGGAACCAGCGUAACAACAACAGCAAUGUGAUAAGCAAUGUGAUAAGCAAUGUGAUCGGUAAUAUGAGCGGCAAUAUAAGCGGCAAUAUGAGCGGCAAUAUGAGUAGCAAUAUGAGUAGCAAUAUGAACAAUAGAAGGUCAUACAACAUGCUUAACGUGAAUCCAAACCAGUCGACAUCAUUAUCCAUAAACAAAAGAGUAAACUUAAUUAGCGAAGGUACGAACACAAGUAAUUACAACUCUGUUAACAAUUUAAUUAAUCACUUUCUUUAUUCAAUGAAUUCAAAUGUUUUUGUAAAUGAAAAUAAUAGUCUAGGGAAGUAUGAAGAUUUAUCUGAAAUUGAAUUUUUAGAUAACAAACAAAAAAACAAAAAGGGAAAAAAAUAUUCAGAGCAUGUUAAAAAAGGUAAUAAGAAAAAUGAGAGUAAGAAAAAGAAUGCAUCAGCAGAGGUAGAGGUGCUAAACCAAGGAAGCAGUAGUAACAUAAAAAAUAGGAAGAAUAAAAAAAAAGAGGAACAAGAAAAAGUUAGAGAAGAAAAUAAUAAAAAAGGGGACAAUAAACUAUUCUCCGAUAAUGAUACAUCCAGAAGAAAGACAAAGGAAAAGAAGAAAAACAUCAAUAGUGAUUAUGGUUCUUAUAAUGAUGGUGAUACUCUUGGAGAUAAUACAUUUGGUGAUGAGAGCUAUUAUAAUUGUAAAGCAGCGAACUCAAGAGUAAAGAAAGUUUCUUCAGUACCUGUCACACAAUCUGUAUACAAAAAAAAUACCACGUUUGAUGUAAAAAUGGAAAGUAUAAAGUUGGGUGAAGAAGAGUACAUUAACUCUGAUAAAAAUAAAAAGAAAAGAAUUAGAUGUUAUGUAGGUACGAGUGAAAAGUUUGAGGAAGAGAAUAAGAAAAAGAACUUAUCAAGUGAGAGGAAAGUAAUAUCAAUGGGAGAAGAAACCUCGCAAGAAGAGAAUUCAUAUAAGUUGCAGAACGUACGUGAUGAUGUUGAAGUUGAUGAGGUUGAGCAUAUUGUGGAUGAAGAAGCGACUUGUACUACGGAAAAAGCUACCACUCAUGAGUACCAAUAUAAAAUCGAUAAAGAUGAACAACUUUCUUAUGUUAUCCCAGAGGGAGGAGGAACCCAUGAAGACAAAGACGAAGGAAUACAGUCUGAUUCAGGAGAAGAAACAGAAAGUGAAAGAAAGAAUAAUUUAAAAAAUAGGAAAAGUGAUCAGAAGGCUGAAAACAAGAACAGCACAUCUAAAACUAGAGAAAUAAAAGAUUCCCAAAUCGGAUUUGUAGAAAAUAUAUCAACCAAUGUUACAUGUAUAGCUAGCAAUUUAAGAAACACGAACAAUGUAUCUGUGAAGGAUGAGAAAGAAGAAAAUGUAAAAAAGGAAGAUUUGACUAAGAAUAACAACACAAGCAAUGAGGAAGACACAACAGUCAUGCGAAAUGACGACUGCAAAGAAUACACUGUUUCACAUGAAAUGGAAGGUGUAACAGACAAUAACGAGAAGAAGGAAACAGUUGAAAUGGAAAAUAAAAAUAUACACGUAAAAAGAUAUAAAUUAUUUACAAAAGAUUUUGAAGAACAUUUUUUGAAAGAAGAAAAUGGUAUGGAAGUAAAGAAACAACAUGAGAUACGAAAAAAAAUGAACAUAAAUGAUGAAAUGAAUUUACCGAAAUCAGUAACGCAGAACAUUAUUAAUUCUUUUAUAAAUGAAAUAGAGAACAUAGCAUCAACAUCGGGUAUUAAUAAUAAGACAUUAACAGAAAUCUUUGAAAAGGCUCACGUUGAGGAUGGUCAGAAUAAAAUUCAAAACGAUAGUUCUAGCAUUAUAACCACCGAGAGGGUUGGCAAAAUGGGUAUCGAGAACCUAAAUAAUCCCAAAGAAAAUACCCGUAAAAACUUACCAGAUAAAAAUAGACGAAAAAUCGUAAAUAUUGAGCAGGAUACUCUAGAAAAUAGACUAUUUAAGUACUUCAAAUUGUUGGGUCAGUUGUGUGCAAAAAUAUUGACAGACAACAGAAAUGUAAAUAUUAAUUUGCAUCCCCUAUUUUGGUACUUGGCAAUGAAUAACCCUAAUUAUGUCAACAUGUCCAAGUUUCACCACUAUCAAGCGAUCGACAGAGUCAAUAUGAACAGCAUUAAUAAAUUGUUGGAGUACAGAAAAGAUAACAAAAAUGUUGAAGAUUUACUACUUGAUUUUACCCUAUUAGGAAGCGAUCCUCCCGUUGAGCUAAUCCCGAAUGGAUCAAACAUUGCAGUGAAUAAUGAAAAUUUGAAUUUAUUCAUAAAUAAAACCAUCGAAUAUUCCUUGUACGAAGGAAUAAAGUUUCAGAUAUGGGCCUUUCGCUUCGGCUUCAGCACUAUCGCUCCCUUGUUAUGCACAAAUAUUUUUGAUGAAGAUGAAAUUUGCGAAUACUUGUUUGGUAGUAAUAUUGAGAAUGAUGAGCACUGGACGAAGUUGCACUUGUCGACAUAUAUUAAGCCGGAUCAUGGGUACACGAACGAUUCUGUUACAUUUAUCACUUUAAUCGAAAUAUUAUCGGAGUUUAAUAAAGAGGAGAGAAAACUAUUUGUUAAAUUUUGCACCGGAACAUCAGCCUUACCAAAUAAAGGAUUUGCAGCUUUGAAACCACUAAUGAAUGUUGUGAAGAAAGAAGAUAACAACGACUUACCAAGUGUUAUGACUUGUACGAACUAUUUAAAAAUUCCUGAUUAUAAAAAUAAGGAAAAAUUAAGGAACAGAUUAUUAUAUGCCAUAAAUGAAGGUCAGAAGAUUUUUUCCUUGUCGUAG